UGCUGUGGUGGGGCAGACUAUGGCAACUCAGGAAGCCACUCCAGGAAGCCAGUCAGAGGAGAGCAAUGCUUUGGACCUGCCAUCAGCUUAUGACGUAAGGGAUUACGUGUUGCAGAGACCCAGCCAGGAGGCCAACAGCGAGGCUUUUAGUUCUGAAUAA